UGUUUUCAUGUGUGAGUAACGAAUUCCAAAUAAAUACGGGGGCUGUUUAUAGCAACACUAUCACUAUUCAACGGGACAUUGUAAAAUGAACACUAUUACUUACACAAUUUUGGCGCUAUGCCUUCUAGCAAUGGCUAUGGCAUUACCCACACCUGGUGGUAAAGUAUUGCAACCAACGGAAGUUUUACAGCCAGAGGAGUCUAGAUGGGGCUACGGUGGCCAUGGUUACGGCGGUCGCGGUUACGGACACCACGGUUAUGGAAAUUAUGGCUGGGGUAACGGAUACGGUCGUGGAUAUGGUGGUUACGGUAGCGGUUACGGAGGUGGUUUCGGAUACGGCGGCGGUUACGGUGCUGGCAUCGGCUAUGGUUUCGGAGGUGGAUACGGAGUUGGAUACGGAUACGGUGGAUGGUAACUGUAAAUAG